UAAUAUUCAGGAAAGUUUUUGUUGAUAAGAUUGAGGCUGAUCGAGGGCAAAAGGGCAAAACUCUCCUGCCCUCAAACCCCUCAGCCUGGUUCUUCUUCUUCUUCUUCUUCUUGGCAGCUUGGCGCUCCAUUCGGUUUCGAGAGAAGUAAAACAUUUAGGUGGAUAGCUCUCUAACCGGACUUUUUGCAAAACUGCUGGAAAUUUCUCAAUUAAGUUGACCUUAGUUGUGAAUGAAGGAAUUCAUUCAUCUUGAAAGUUGGAAACAAUGCAAGGACUAAUUCGAGCAAUCCGAUCAAACGGAAGUAUCCUUACAUCUGCUGUUCGCCUCUCCAUUGCAAACCCUGUUGUGCGACCUACUGUCUUUUCACGGUUUCAGUCAGUUUCUUCUGCUCGGUUGGAAGAGCAUGGAUUUGAAAGCACCACAAUUUCUGACAUUCUAAAAGCAAAAGGUAAAAAUGCAGAUGGUUCCUGGUUGUGGUGCACCACUAAUGAUACUGUUUAUGAUGCUGUAAAAUCGAUGACUCAGCACAAUGUUGGAGCUUUGGUGGUCGUGAAACCUGAAGAAGAGAAGGCAAUUGCUGGAAUUAUCACUGAGAGAGAUUACCUAAGGAAAAUCAUCGUGCAGGGGAGAUCAUCCAAGUCUACAAAAGUUGGGGACAUCAUGACUGAGGAGAAUAAGCUGAUUACUGUGACCCCUGACACCAAAGUUCUGCGGGCUAUGCAGCUGAUGACAGAUAACCGUAUCAGGCACAUCCCAGUGAUAGAUGGGAGGGGCAUGAUCGGCAUGGUCUCCAUUGGUGAUGUUGUCCGUGCUGUUGUGACCGAGCAUCGGGAGGAACUGAACCGCCUCAAUGCUUAUAUACAAGGGGGUUAUUAGGGUUGGGUGGUGCUUGAAUAAUAAUGCCUGUUGAUGAUGGCGAAAAAUCAAAAUGGAAAGACUGAUUUUUGCUUCUUAGUUUGCCUUGUGUUGUCAAGUGGUUAGUGUUCGGACAGGAUAAGGUUGUACAUAAGUUGGUCUUUUCUGUCUCUCCUAUGCAUUUGUAUCUGGUGACAAGUGACAAACCAAAUACAUCCCUGUGGUGAAUAAAGGAGUUCCACCAGUGUGUUGAACAAAA